AUGCGGGUAGUGCCAGGGUCCGUCAACAUCAAGGGAGCCCCAUUCCCCAAUCCGCCCAGAGUAAUCAAUGCCGACCCCGGCGCAAUUGUUACACAGAUCACGGAAAAGUUCAACCAGGCUCUGGAAAAACAAGAUUAUGCAACCCUGUCUGGCCUUUUUGCUGACGACAGCUUUUGGCGAGACCACCUAGCCCUGUCAUGGGAUUUUCGAACAGUCCAAGGUCCAAAGAACAUCGAAACGUUCCUCCAAGGAUUUGCUUCAACCGACACCGGAGUCCGACUCAAAUCCAUCGCCAUUGACACCAGUUCGCCUGCUCGAAAGCCACAAACGAGCUACCUCGAUGCAGACCAAAAGGUGUCUUGUCUCCAAUUUUGCUUCACGUUAAAAACGACUGUUGGAAGCGGCGACGGCGUCGGACGUCUUAUCGAAGUUGGACCUGAUGACUGGAAGAUCUACACAUUCUACACGAUCCUCCAACAGCUCAACGGUCACAAGGAAAACAUCUUCAAUCAGCGGCCAAAAGGUGUCGAGCAUGGCGGAAAGCCCGGAAGAAAGAAUUGGGCGGACCGACGUAGCUCUGAGAUGAAGUACGAUGGCGGGAGCGAGCCAGAAGUGCUAAUCCUUGGCGCUGGACAGGCCGGUCUCACCAUUGCUGCUAGGCUAAAAGCUCUCGGGAUCAACUCACUCAUGGUCGACAAAAACGACAAGGUUGGAGACAACUGGAGGAACCGAUACCAUCAAUUGGUGUUGCACGACCCUGUUUGGUACGAUCACCUACCGUACAUCCGAUUCCCUCCGCAAUGGCCCAUCUUCACGCCCAAAGACAAGCUGGCCGAUUUCUUUGCCUCGUACGCAACGCUUCUUGAACUUAAUGUCUGGAUGAAGUCGGAAAUCGCCAGCAGCAAAUGGGAUGCUCAAGAACGCAGGUGGUCCGUCACAGUCAAGCGGCAACUGGAUGACGGCAGCGAAGAGACGAGGAUCUUCCGCCCACGCCAUAUCGUCCAGGCUACUGGGCAUUCUGGUAAGAUGAAUUUGCCCAACAUCCCCGGCAUUGAGGACUUCAAGGGCCAUCUUCUGUGCCACUCUUCCGAAUUUCCAGGUGCGCGAGAAAACCAGGUGGGAAAGAAAGCAGUGGUGAUUGGUUGCUGCAACUCUGCCCACGAUAUCGCUCAGGAUUUCUACGAAAAGGGCUACGAGGUAACCAUGGUUCAAAGAUCUAGCACUUGUGUUAUUUCGUCCGAGGCAAUCACGGAAAUCGGACUCAAGGGCUUCUACAGAGAGAAUGGACCGGACGUCGACGACGCAGAUUUACUUUUUCACAGUAUACCCUCGCCGGUGUUGAAGACCAAUCAGGUGACCGUCACGUUGGCUCAGGGCAGGCAUGACGCCGAACUUUUGAAAGGACUCACAAAGGCUGGGUUCAAGCUUGACAGCGGUCCAGAUGACGCGGGCUUCUUCAUGAAGUACUUCGAGCGCGGCGGCGGGUACUACAUGGACGUGGGGGCUUCAGAUCUGGUCAUCAAAGGCAAGAUCAAGAUCAAACAAGGCCAAGAGGUCGACCAGGUGCUGCCCCAUGGGUUAAAAUUUGCAGAUGGCUCAGAGCUGGAGGCAGACGAAAUCGUGUUGGCGACGGGGUACCAAAACAUGCGUACCCAGACACGCACCAUCUUUGGCGCUGAGGUCGCGGAUGCGGUAGGUGAUAUCUGGGGCUACAACGAUGAGGGCGAAAUGAGGAUGAUCUGGCAACGCACUGGUCACCCAGGAUUCUGGUUUCACGGAGGAAAUUUGGCAUUGUGCAGAUACUACUCCAAGCUGCUAGCAUUGCAGAUCAAGGGUCUUGAAGAGGGAGUGUACAAGUAUGGAGAUAACUAG